CGUGCACCCCUCAACUGGAAUAUGCAAUAUAUGCCACACAUCAUGCAUCAUGAUCAUCAUCUCCCCAAACGGUAGGUGAAAAGAACUCAUAGUAGGCUGCCACCGCUCGACAAAUGCUAAAAUUAAGGGCGCAUCAAUGUACGUGAACGUAGUAAAGGAUUUAUAGUACAGAGGCAUACUACAAAGACGAUCCUGUAUCGAUGGAGGCAACGACCUAACCCACGUCCUCAAACGUGCACAAAUCCUCUCUCGCGUCUAACAUAUUAGGAGAAUUCUAUCCCCGCCCUCCCAUAUCUCCAUAGCUACAUGUCCACCAAAACUAGGGAUAACCACACCUCCUUUCAAAAAAAUAAAAAUAAAUUAAUGUCCACAUCUAAAUGGAAACAAAUCAUACACAAAAAAACAAAAUAAAUCAUCCAACUACCGACACACAAGCAUCAUUAAACCAAUUCCCCCCACUACAUUUUCUCAUCCAAACCCAAAAAAAAACAACCUCCAUCACCCAAAACUGAUCCCCUUCUCCAAACCCAAAGUCCCCCACUACCAUACUACCAUGGCAACAGAAACAGAGCUAGAAGAGCCAGGACUCUCACAGGAUGGACCUACAUGGAAAGAGCUCCUCGGGUCCCACAACUGGGAAGGUCUGCUGGACCCACUUAACGACGAUCUCCGUCGUCUCAUCCUCCGCUGCGGUGACUUCUGCCAAGUCACAUACGACACAUUCAUCAAUGAUCAAGCGUCCGCCUACUGCGGUGCUAGUCGAUACGCUAAAGUCGAUCUUCUAGAGAAAACUGCCUUUCCUGGUGGCUCAGACAAGUAUGACGUCGUAGGGUUCUUGUACGCCACCGCACGUGUUAGUGUUCCUGAGGCAUUUCUGCUCAAGUCUAGGUCACGUGAGAAGUGGGAUAAGGAGUCUAACUGGAUUGGUUAUAUUGCAGUUUCGAAUGAUCAAAUGAGUAAGGAGAUUGGGAGGAGAGAGAUUUAUGUAGCCUGGAGAGGAACUAUUAGAGAUUAUGAGUGGGUUGAUGUGCUUGGAGCUCAACUUCUGUCUGCUAAACCUCUGCUGCGUCACCAAGAAGGACCUCUUGAUGACCAAUCAACCGAAUCCGUUGCUCCAAUGAAAGCAACAACUGAUAAUGGGACAGGAAAUUUUUUUCCUUCAUGGAUCCUGACUUGUUGUCAACCAUACGAUUCCAAAAAACCAGACGGUGAUGAUGAAGGCGAGAACGAGGAUCCUAAAGUAAUGGCAGGUUGGCUAACAAUAUACACAUCUGAAGAUCCAAAAUCUCCAUUUACAAAACUCAGUGCAAGAACACAACUUUUGACUAAGCUCAAACAGCUUAUAGAUCAGUAUAAAGGUGAAGACCUUAGCAUCACAUUUGCAGGACACAGCCUAGGAGCAACAUUAUCAGUCGUAAGUGCUUUCGAUGUUGCUGAGAAUCUUACAACAGAAAUUCCAGUUUCAGCAAUUGUUUUCGGAUGUCCGAAAGUUGGCAACAAGAGUUUCAAGACAAGAUUUGAUUCGUACCCUAAUCUAAAGGUCCUCCAUGUUAGGAAUGUGAUCGAUUUGAUUCCUCUAUAUCCGUUUAAACUCUUGGGGUACGUAAAUAUAGGUACUGAACUUGAGAUUGAUACAAGGAAAUCGAACUUCCUCAAAGACUCUAAAAAUCCUAGUGACUGGCAUAACUUACAGGCUAUAUUACACAUAGUGAAUGGGUGGCAUGGAGUAAAGGAGGAGUUUAAGCUCGUAAUUAAACGAAGUAUAGCGAUAGUGAAUAAAUCAUGUGACUUCCUCAAGGAAGAGUAUUUGGUGCCUCCAUCUUGGUGGAUUGAGAAAAACAAAGGCAUGACAUUGAAUGAGGCAGGGGAAUGGGUUUUUGGUCAUCCAGAGGAGGAUCCUACUCCAGAAUUUGACUAAGAAGCACUUUUAUGUUUCAAGAUUUUUCUGCUUAUGAUUAGUUUUUUUUUUUAUCUUGAAUGUUUGUAACAUGUCAAAUUUGGUUGCUUCCCUUGUUUUGUAACUAGGUUGUGUGUCUAGUUUCUAUAUCAUUAUUAUGUUUAGCAUGAGUUACUACUUUUAUGUAAGGUUGGAAGGCUAAACGUGUACCAUAUAUAAGUAAGAGUAAUAAGAUGCAAAAUGUAGUCUCUUGUGUA